ACUCCCAACUCAAUCUCUUGUAAACGGAUCGGGGUUUGUGCUUCCUCUAACCUCAGAAGCUCCAAUGGCGGUCGCUCAUCGUCUCUGCUCGACGUCACCCGCACCUCGUCUCCUCCUUGAUCUCUCAUCAUCUCAAUCGUUUUAUUCCCGUACGCCCUCCUUCCAGAGGAAAACGCCUCGGCCGGCUCCGCUGGCGUGCCGCUGCUCCAAGAAGAAAGAAGCCAACUUCGCCGAUCAGCUCCUCGACUACAUAGAAGGCGGGCCUAAGUUGAGGAAGUGGUAUGGAGCGCCUGAUUUGCUUCCUAAGGAUGGUGAUCUGGAGGAUGAUGAUGAAUCUUCAGAGAUCGAAGAAACACGCGAUGCUGUGCUGGUCACUGAUGGUGAAAGCGAAAUUGGUCAAAUGGUAAUCCUUUCAUUGAUUCUUAAGCGCCUCCGGAUAAAAGCAAUAGUUAAGGAUAAACGAGCUGCUGCUGAUGCCUUUGGAACUUAUGUUGAGUCAUUGGUUGGAGAUCUGAAUGACAAGACCUUUCUCACAAAGACUCUCAGAGGUGUUCGUUCGAUCAUUUGUGCAUCAGAUACUCUCUUUAUCUUGCAGGAUGGCUUUUUCUCGGACAUAGCUCGAACAAAAGGUGUAAACCACAUUGUUCUUCUAUCUCAGUUGGCGUAUUAUAAAGGAAGUGGCGGAUUUCAAGCGAUUAUGAAUAGCAAAGCCAGAGAGCUGGCGGAUAGAGAUGAAAAGGCUGUGAUAACGGCUGGUGUUCCAUACACAAUAAUAAGAACUGGCUUGCUGCAGAGUGCUCCUAGUGGCGAUCAAAGUUUCAGCUUCAGCAAGGGUGAUGCAGCAAAGGGAAGUCUGAGUAAAGAGGAUGCAGCAGUUAUUUGUGUGGAGGCACUUGAGUCGCCACCAGAGGAAGGCCUAAUAUUUGAAGUGGUAAAUGGGCCAGAAAGGGUUACAGACUGGAAGGUGAAAUUUGCUGCCCUUAUUGAAGGCACUGUAGUAUCACAAUGACGCCCGCUUCUUAUUGAUGGUUUGGUUAGAAUGAAAUUUGAGAUAUAGAUGGCAUUUAGAAGACGAACAACGUGAUGAUCACAACAAUGUAAUUGAAUGAUUCUUUACGCCGGUCUGUUCCUCUUGUGGCCGCGCUUUGCAUCAGAGUCUGCGUCCUUGGAGUCGGUGAAUGAGACGGAGAGGUUGCCGUAGAGAUCGACGAUGCGGCGGAUGUUGUCGUUGAGCUCUCGGAUGAGGCCGACGUUGCGGCUGAGGUUGUCGGGGAUUCUGGACUCGUGGUUCUGGUUGAUCUCGUUGAUCAGGAGCCUGUUCUGGUCCAGAAUGCUCUGCACCUGGAGGAAGUUCCUUUGCAAGGGAUCCAAGAGUUUGCCCUCGAUUUGACUUCCAUUGCCGAUGACCAAGGUAUCCAUCUCCAACAUCCCCUCCUUCUCUUUGUCGCCAGAAGCCCUGCAAAGUGAGAAGACUUUAAAUCAAAUUCAAAAGGCAUAUUGGAAACUUCUUAGGGUUUACUAGGGGAGGAGAAAUAGUUGUCAUGGCAGCUUCAUUUCAGAAAGGCAACAAAGGCAACGCAAGCGAGGAGAUCAUAUGACACACAUGAUGCUCGCCGCGGCGUUCUCGAACUCUCAUUUAACAAAUUCUUCUUUCGAACAAUCACGACGAUAAUCGAAGAAGGAAAAUCGAAAGAAA